UACUUAACCAACGACCAAGGAUUUAUCAUUUUGUACCAGUACUCUUCUUGUUUCUAGCUUUCAUCGUCACCCAGAAGUACCAUACCCUAGACCUGGUCUCCCUAGCCUCAAGCCCAAUCUUAUCGCCAACUAUACAUUCGACCCACGCAUACACAAUGUCGAAAGCAGACAAGCGCAACAAGUUCCUCGCCGUAUUCGAGCGCAUCCGCGAGGAACUUAUUGACCAUAUGAAAUCAGAGAAAAUGCCCGAGGACGCCGUGACGUGGUUCAACGAGAGUCUCAUUUACAAUGUUCCAGGAGGAAAACUCAAUCGUGGCAUAUCCGUCGUCGAUACCGUCGCUAUACUUCUCAACCGACCUCUAACCGACGACGAGUACUUCAAAGCCGCCCUGCUGGGAUGGUGUAUCGAACUCCUGCAAGCAUUUUUCCUCGUUUCUGAUGAUAUGAUGGAUGGUUCCAUCUCGCGACGCGGUCAACCUUGUUGGUACCGCGUCCAUGAUGUCAAGGGCCUUGGAAAAGUCCACAAUGUUGCCAUCAACGACUCAUUCAUGCUCGAGGGUGCAAUUUACCACCUCCUGAAAACCCACUUCAGGCGAGAGAGCUACUACGUAGAUCUAUUAGAGCUAUUCCAAGAUGUCACGUACAAAACCGAGAUGGGCCAGCUCGUCGAUCUGAUCACUGCCCCAGAAGAUAACAUCGACAUUCGCAAAUACAACCUUGACAAACAUACCUUCAUUGUACGGUAUAAGACUGCGUUCUACUCUUUCUACCUCAGUGUCGCGCUCGCCAUGCGUAUGUGUGGUGUCCCGGAUGUAUACGAGCUCAAUGGAAAAACCGUUGAGCCAUACAAGGAGGCAGACCGCAUUCUCAUUCCUAUGGGCGAGUUCUUCCAGGUACAAGACGACUACCUAGACUACCACGGCACCGAGGCAGAAAUCGGAAAAAUUGGCACCGACAUCGUCGAUGGCAAAUGCUCCUGGUGUGUGUGCACAGCACUCACAUACGGCACCGAAGCGCAAAAACAACUCCUGUAUGAGAACUACGGGAAGAAGGGCGCAGAUCAGGCUGUGCGGGAACAAGCUGUGAAGGACAUGUACAACGACGAACAGGGAUUGAACAUUCCCAGGCGCUAUGAGGAGUAUCAAAAGAAGGCAGUGGAAGAGAUCAAUGCCAUGAUCGAUCAGGUCCCUGAACCUGCUGCGCACGAGGUGGUCAAGGGUAACAGGUUGAGACGCGACGCAUUCCGCGCCUUCUUGAGCAAGAUCACUGAUCGCAAGGCGUAAAAAAGGAGAGUAGAUGCAAAGAUCAAUCACUGUAAUUGUUGCUUCGUUUAUAUCCACUGUUGUGUUAGACUACUAGAAUUAUUGGAUCAUGGAUCCUAGCACUAGUAGAGACAUGACUACAAGUCAUCGUUGACCGACAACCACAUU